CCGCGCCGCGCCGCGCAGCGCCCGCCACCUCCCGGCAGCUCGCUCGGGCGGGCCUCGCGGGGCUCCGGAGCCGUGACCCGCCGAGCACCGCCAGCAUGCUGCAGAAGCGGGAGAAGGUGCUGCUCCUGAGGACCUUCCAGGGCCGGACGCUGCGGAUCGUGCGGGAGCACUACCUGCGGCCCAGCGUGCCCUGCAACAGCCCGCUCUGCCCGCAGCCCGCCGCCUGCCGCAACGAUGGGAAACUCUUGUCUAGUGAUGUGACUCAUUACAUGAUCCCAGAUUGGAAAGUUGUUCAAGAUUACCUGGAGAUCCUUGAGUUCCCAGAGCUGAAGGGAAUUAUUUUCAUGCAGACGGCUUGUCAAACUGUGCAGCAUCAAAGAGGCCGCAGACAGUAUAACAAAUUGCGAAAUCUCCUGAAGGAUGCACGUCAUGAUUGCAUUCUCUUUGCUAAUGAAUUCCAGCAGCACUGCUAUCUCCCUCGAGAAAGAGGAGAAUCCAUGGAAAAGUGGCAGACCAGGAGCAUAUACAAUGCAGCCGUGUGGUACUUUCACCACUGCCAGGAUAGGAUGCCAAUCGUUAUGGUGACAGAAGACAAAGAGGCAAUUCAGCAGUAUGGAAGUGAGACAGAAGGAGUGUUUGUGAUUUCUUUCAAGUUUCUUAGAAAUUUCAAACGUUUCAAGAUGAAAAAAAAAAAACCAAACAAAGAAGAAGCAAGACGAGAAUGCACACAGAAGAGCUCUUCUCUCCAUUCCCUGCAGGCCAUUUUCUGCAGCAAUGAGAUGCAGAAUUACCUGGACAAUUUUUGGCCCGACUUAAAGGCCGCCCACGAGCUCUGUGACUCUAUCCUUCAGUCUCAACGGGAAAGAGAGAAUGAGAGUCAGGAGAGCCACGGGAAGGAGUACGCAGAACAUCUUCCCCUGGAAGUGUUAGAAGCCGGCAUUAAGUCUGGACGCUACAUCCAGGGAAUCCUGAAUGUCAACAAACACAGGGCACAAAUGGAAGCUUUCGUUCGACUUCAAGGAGCCAGCUGUAAAGAUUCAGGUUUACUCAGUGACAUCCUCAUCCAUGGGAUGAAGGCUCGAAACCGCUCGAUCCAUGGAGACGUAGUAGUCGUGGAAUUGCUCCCUAGAAAUGAAUGGAAAGGAAGAACGGCCGCCCUGUGUGAGAAUGACAGUGAGGACAAGGCCUUGGGAGACCCCCCGAGUGAGCCCAUGCCCACAGGCAGAGUGGUGGGCAUCCUUCAGAAGAACUGGCGGGAUUAUGUGGUGACAUUUCCGUCCAAAGAAGAGGUCCAGUCUCAGGGCAAAAACGCUCAGAAAAUCCUAGUUACACCUUGGGAUUACAGAAUUCCCAAAAUCCGCAUUAGCACUCAGCAAGCGGAAGCUCUCCAGGACUUCCGGGUGGUUGUACGCAUCGAUUCCUGGGAGGCGACAUCUCUGUAUCCAAAUGGACAUUUUGUGCGUGUUUUAGGAAGAAUCGGGGACCUGGAAGGGGAAAUCGCAACCAUCUUGGUGGAAAACAGUAUUUCGGUUGUCCCUUUCUCCGAAGCUCAGAUGUGUGAGAUGCCAGUCAACACACCAGGAAAUCCCUGGAAAGUGAGUCCUGAAGAGGAACGAGAACGGAAAGACUUGAGGGAAACCCAUCUUGUGUUCAGCAUUGACCCAAAAGGCUGUGAAGAUGUGGAUGACACGCUCUCAGUCAGAACCUUAACUAAUGGCAACUUGGAACUUGGGGUCCACAUUGCAGACGUAACACACUUCGUGCCACCAAAUUCUUAUAUCGACAUUGAAGCUAGGACAAGGGCCACCACUUACUACUUAGCAGACCGUCGCUAUGACAUGCUGCCCUCCAUCCUCAGCGCUGAUUUGUGCUCUCUUCUGGGAGGCGUUGAUAGGUAUGCCGUAAGUGUCAUAUGGGAAUUGGAUAAAACCUCCUAUGAAAUUAAGAAAGUGUGGUAUGGCAGAACCAUUAUUCGAUCAGCAUACAAACUAUUUUAUGAAGCAGCCCAGGAACUGCUGGAUGGAAACUUCCACAUUGUUGAUGACAUUCCAGAAUUCAGAGACUUGGAUGAGAAGAGCAAACAAGCCAAGCUAGAGGAGUUAGUGUGGGCCAUUGGAAAGUUGACUGACAUAGCGCGCCACAUCCGGGCUAAGCGAGACCAUUGCGGUGCCCUCGAACUGGAGGGGGUAGAGAUUCGUGUUCAGCUGGAUGAAAAAAAGAACAUCCAUGACCUCAUCCCCAAGCAGCCCCUGGAAGUCCACGAGACGGUGGCUGAAUGCAUGAUCCUGGCCAACCACUGGGUAGCCAAGAAGAUCUGGGAGAGCUUCCCUCAUCAGGCCUUGUUGCGCCAACACCCUCCUCCACACCAGGAGUUUUUUUCUGAACUGCGAGAAUGUGCUAAAGCAAAAGGCUUCUUCAUAGAUACACGGUCCAAUAAAACACUGGCUGAUUCUCUGGAUAAUGCGAAUGACCCCAACGAUCCCAUCGUAAACAGAUUGCUGCGAUCCAUGGCCACACAGGCCAUGUCUAAUGCACUGUAUUUCUCCACUGGGUCGUGUGCGGAGGAAGAGUUCCAUCAUUAUGGCCUUGCAUUAGAUAAAUAUACUCACUUUACAUCUCCGAUAAGAAGAUACUCAGAUAUAGUAGUACACCGACUGUUAAUGGCAGCCAUUUCAAAAGAUAAGAAAACGGAAAUUAAGGACAAUUUGUUCAGCAACAAAGAUCUUGAGGAAUUAUGCAGACAUAUCAACAACAGAAACCGAGCAGCACAGCAUUCUCAGAAGCAAUCCACUGAGCUCUUCCAGUGCAUGUAUUUUAAAGACAAAGACCCAGACAAUGAGGAGCGUUGCAUAUCUGACGGAGUUAUAUAUUCAAUUAGAACAAAUGGUGUGCUUGUAUUUAUACCAAGGUUUGGGAUUAAAGGUGCUGCUUAUUUAAGAAAUAAAGAUGGUUUGGUGAUCUCAUGUGGCUCAGACAGCCGUUCGGAAUGGAAACCGGGAUCCCUUCAACGAUUUCAAAACAAAAUCACCUCUACCACAACAGGCGGGGAGUCUGUCACGUUCCAUCUGUUUGACCAUGUAACAGUGAGAAUAUCUGUACAGGCCUCCCGUUGCCAUUCUGAUACAAUCAGGCUUGAAAUAAUAAGCAACAAACCGUACAUGAUACCAGAUACAGAACUUUUUCAUCAGAGCUCCCUCUUGUUAAAGAGUGAUUUAGUGAAAGAAGUAACUAGAUCUGUGGAGGAAGCUCAGCUUGCCCAAGAAGUCAAAGUAAACGUCAUUCAGGAAGAUUAUCAAAAAUACUGCCAAACAAAGGGAAGAAGCCUAUACACACUCCUAGAGGAGAUAAGGGAUCUCGCUCUCCUGGAUGUUUCCAACAGUUAUGGAAUGUGAAAUACUCUUUUUACUUCAUUAAAAGAGCUGUUUUGUGAAUGCUUUCAACUUUCUUCCUAAUCUUAACAUCUAAUAUUCUGUGUCACCUAACGUUCUAAUCGAUUGGGAUGCGGUAGAUAGUUCACCAAUGCGCAAAAUGUUUUCUCAUCAUUAAUUAAAGCUGCAUUAAAGAGAAGUUAGAUCCCUGUGGAAACUGAUUUUUCAGAAAUGGAGAGAUCAUGAAUGGUGACUCUGCAGGUCAGAUUGCCAGUCUCUUUUUAAUAAAUCCAGAAUUGAUUUUUGA